AUGUCCAGUAGUAACCAUGAAAAACGUAAAGAAAGUAAAGAUGCAGAAUUAUCAGAUGUCUUGAAAAAAUGGUUACAACCUCGAAUUGGUCCAAAGUUACAGAAGGGUUUAACCGUUGAAAAAGCUUGGGAAGACAUCGUUAAAGAUAUUGCCAUAAGGAUUUUGUCUCCACUCCCGUUGGAAGUCUUUGCAAAUGCGAUCAAUAGGCUAUCAAGGCUCGAUGAUAUGGGUCGAUUUGGUUUGGUAGAAAAACUUCUUACAAUUUCACCUAAUCCUGAUUGCGCAACUGGCGACAGAGCCGAAAGAAUACGUGAAAUAAUGAUUGCAACUUUAGCACCUCAGGAUGCUCUGAGUGGUUCAUCCUCGAUCGAAGUUCAACCAGAUCUAUUUGAUGUUGCUAGAACUGUCCUUGCACAAUCUCACAGGGAUUGGAUCGGUACACGCGAGGCACUUUCAACCUUCCUCAAGGACUGUACCGCAAAAUAUAAUUCUGAUCGUAAUGUGUAUAUCGUCUAUCCUCAUAUCAAUGACAUUACAAGGAAUUUAUCUAUGGACAAAGAAAUCCAAACUAGUGUAGAAUAUUUCUUUUCUCGUAUACAAGAUGUUGCUAACGCGAAGGGUUUAAAAUUUUUUGAUCUUAUAAAACCUAAUAUAUUAAGUUGCGAUAAAGAAGAUAUGGAAGAGCUGUUUUUAGAUUAUUUUCCAAAAGGACUACCUUUAGAAAAUGAGGAUAAAGUUGGCACUGAAGAGUUCGAGAAAAACCGCCAACCGCGGCUUAAACCACCAUUACUUAGACCAAGAUGGCACAACCAACAACAUAUGAUGCUUUUAACUUUACAAAACGCUAAAGACCAUACAAUGUCACGUACAGAUUUGAUUGACGCCGCAUUGGCUUUAGAUGAAAAAUUAAGCGCGGAAACAGGCUUACCGCGAUGUUUUACUGGUCAGGACAUCGACGAUGCUAUAAGACAUUAUAAUAAUUGGAUGAAGAAAUUAAUCGAACAUGAUUGGCCAUUAUGUUUUGGGCGUGUGAAAAAAAAUAAGCAAGGCGCAAGUAAUCCUCAACAUCUGCGAUGUCGGCGUUGCGCACCCGAUACGAGUUGUGAUGUAAAAUUGCCAGCUUGUUCAAAAUGCAAAUCUAAAGGGUUUUUAUGCAUUUACCCCCUGCGGCCAGGGGUGCAUAAAGAACGUGAGCGUCCGAGAACCGCAGUCAAAUCUAUUUCAAAUUCUCAAAACAGUGAAAAUUCAUCUAAUGGUACAAAACAUAAGAAAAAGUCUGUAUCUCAUUCCAAAAAAAGGCAGCAAACUGAUGAUUAUUCUAAUGGACAUGAGACAUGUGCACUUGUAUCGACAGAUGUACUUCUAAGCGGAUUAGAUCUUACUUGUGUUCCAAAAAGCCUUAAUGAUGUGGUUGAGAUUCGUCCAUCUACAAUUCCUAAUGCAGGUAAUGGAUUGUUUGCCAAACGUAAUCUUCCAAUGGCAACACCCUUAGGCUUUUAUUUUGGCGUUCCAACUAUGGAGGAUGAAUUUGACCAGAAUAAGGAUAAAGUUGGCAGGGCAUCACAUUACUCUAUGAGAUAUAAACAUACAAUACUUGACGCAACUGAUGAUAAAGGUGAACCAUUCACAGAUCCGAAUGGUAAGAUACAUUGUCCUUUCCAUUUCAUGAAUGAAGAUCCAUUCGGAAAUAUGGUUUUUCUAGAGGGAAGUGAAGUCAAUCAAGUCAUUUGUUGGACAAAACGGGAUAUUAAAAAGGGCGAAGAAUUGUUCGUAUACUAUGGUGGUGAAGUUGAUAGGGAGCACUGGGGUCAAGCAGAGGAUAUAAGCGAGCCUAUUGUUUGUGCUGGAGACAGCGAAGAAGAUGAAAUAGAGUUCAGCGAUGAAGGACGAAACGAAGAAGAUGAGGAAGAAAUAAUAUCCGACGAUGCGGUCGAUAUGGACGAUGAAACCAUAAAUACUCCGGGUACUCCUAAUUCUGGGACGAAGAGAAAAAUUUCAACAAAUACUCAUGAUAUAACAGAAA